AUGUCUAGAUAUAAAAACGGAAAAGCUACGGAAAUCAUUUACAUGACUAGCGAGAAGUAUCACAAUUUGAAUAAAAAUAUAAGUUACACAACAGAUUAUCACUCCACGAGUACUUUAUUUUAUGAUUUAGAUAAUUUAGCUGUCCAUUCAUACGUUGACCUCUCCAGGGUUAGUAAGAAAAAAUAUUCAAGCAACACAAAGAUAAAUUCUUCAUUUAUCCAUUCUAUCCAUGGAUUAAAAGGAAAUUCUUAUACUUUCGUGCAAGAAUGUGAGACACAAAUAUUACCAGUAUUAUUACCUCGGGACAGCCUAGAGGUUCAAACAAAAAAAGUCGAGAAAUGUUUUCCGAAUGAUCCAGAAAUAUCAUCUGAAAUUUAUUUAAAAGAUGAUGAUUUCACAAACAUCGCCCCCUUUAAUGACAGUGAUAAAAAUAUACAACGAAAACAAAAGUAUUGGUCUUAUGCGAAGUAUCGAACUGAAUAUACUAACCCCACGCGUCAGGAUAAAAAGUCAAAGAAAAAGGAUCAUACGAGACAAAUUGAAGAUCCUUGUCCUUGUCAACUAUUUUCAUACACAUGUCCUUGUGCAGAUGAUAAAUGUUUAGCUGGAUUAAAAAACAGCAAGUCAUUGAGUGAUCAAGUUACAAGCACUACUAAUAUUGUUAAAGAAGAAAGGAAAGAUGAUCGAAAAGAAACUAAGCUUUUCAAGAAAAACCACAAAGGAAAAUCAAUAGUUCCUAAAGAUGAUAAGCCAACAAGUAUUACUUGCAUUAUUGAUAACCUUGAAUCUGUUGAAAAAUCUGAUCCCACAUUACUUUACACUGAAAAAUAUGAUGUUAUUAGUCACACCGAAACCAUGAACAAUAAAGGUAAAUCUAAACGCAAAAAGAGACAGGUUAUGUUGUGUCCUAAUUGUAAAGAGAAGGUAGAGUUUUCUAGCAUGGAUCCAUCAGAAGAAGAAGGCAGCAUAAUUUAUGAGGAUUUAAGUUAUCAACCGAAUGAUUCUUCUCCUGGCAAAUCAGUUUAUACGUAUAAAACUGCAGUCAAAAAACAAAUGGCAGAUAAGAGUAAUGAUAGAGGCUCAUGCCACCAUAACCCUACUUGUGAUUUAGUGCCUCUUUGUCAAUUGUUGCCGACGGAUAACGUGUUUUUAAGCCCUAAAAUCACUAAAAAGCAAGAAACAUCUAAAACUUCUCCACGAGUUAUUAGAAUAACGAAGGCUUGCAGGCACCAUCCUCCUUGUACAGUAGCGCCAUCUUGCCAGAGAGCAAAUAUACUAAAAAAUAAUUGCGAGUAUAUACCACCUUGUUUACAUCGUCCACGCUGUGUUAAUUUGCCUUUAUGUGUUCCAUUUUCCAAGAAUAUUCCUUACGACGAGUUGAAACAUGUAGAAGAGAUGGAAAACGGUCAGUGUCCCCAUGUGCCACGAUGUACUUAUAUUCCUGAAUGUCGUAACAUCUACAGUGGUAAUUUGAGCAACCAAGUAAAUAUGGCGCAGCUUCCAAACGGUUAUGGAAUGUUUGCACCGCCAGCACCGUAUAAUGUUUUAUCACCAUGCUUGCGACAAUCGUUUUCACCAUGUCAGAUCCAUCCACCUGGGUAUAUACCUGAUUAUGGACUUUCUAGAUCAGAUAAAUCAUGUCAAUAUGAUACUUUAGGCAUGUCAUAUAAUCCAUCUGUUCCUAGGAUUGUUAGUAGCGAGGCCGUCGUUUUUAUAAGAGAUGUGGGAUGCCAGUUCAGGAAUAGAUAUAAUUCUCCUAUUGAUUCUAUUCGAAUAACGAAAUCUAGCACAUCAUUUGACCAUGAUAAUGUAAACCUUGGUGUGAUCUACACAAACGUUCACACAUUAAGGUAUGAAGAUAAAUUUACGAACCCAAAAGGCAAAAUGGAAGUAUCUGUUUCAUCUUUAUCGCUCACUUCAAAUAACACAAGUCAUCUAAUGGACAGAUAUGAUGAAAGUCGCAAUAGAACUUCAGGUUUUGAUCCAAAGCCAACAAAAUCACCUUUCGUAGCAUAUGCAACUAACAUUGGUUCCUACAAACAUUAUAUUAAAGAGAAAAAUAAUACGCAUCCUUUCCCUACGAAGUCUCGGUUGAGCAUAACUAGAAAUAAAUAUAGAAAGUUUUUUAACAUAAAGCGCAAGAAAAAGAAACGUGGUGAUAGUCAAUUGGUUUACAGAAAGCCUAUUUCAGUGGGUAAAUAG